AUGGCUGUUAAUCCAGUUACUUGGCACACAUCUCGUGUGGUCAAGAUCGACCAAGAGACUGACAGCAAGAGCAAUGGUACCCAUGAUCUUACCGAGACUGCCGUGGACGUUCAUUGCUCUGGCUCUCUAGUCGAUUCAAGUGACAAGAAGCGACAGGGCUAUGAUCUCUGGUUCGUGGAUGUGGACGUCACUCCACGACAGGGCAUAGAGAAUGGCAGUCAGGAACCUAACAAGAGCGAUGGUCUGAGUGACCUUUUGCGGGCUGCGCAGACGCUGGACUCUUCUAGUCCCGGUACCUCGCGGUCCUAUCGAGUCCUUCUAGCCGUGCCUACAGCCACUGGCUUCUUCGCUAGGACCAACUGCUUCCAAGAGCGCUUUGUGGGCUGCAAAGACUUUGGCGUCUUGAUUGACCGCUCGGUCUUCGGAAAGCCCGCAAGACUUCUCGCUGAGCCAAGUCUUGAACAGCUUCUUGAUGGAAGCGCCCUCAUGGUCCUUCGCCCUAAAGAGCAAGCCAGUUUCUGUGAUGAAGUUGCUCUCGUCGAAGAAGUGGAUGCCAGGAUAAACUUCCAAUGGCUACUCAAAGAUCAACCCCAGCAAAAGACGCUGGCUUUGGUUGAUGGCCAUCUCAACUUGGAGUCUUAUCUUGGCCUCUACAACUCGGCAAAGGCACUUGGAGCCAAGGUGGUGCUUCUGGAUCGAAAAGAUCAUUGGAUUACCGACCCUUCUUUCCAGCACUUGUACGAUGAUUACAUCGCCAUCGACAUGACGCCAGACGAAGAGUUCCAUGUGCGCAUUGCCGAGGCUGUCAAGGCAUAUGGACACGUGGACGGCAUCUGCGGCAUCGCCACAUACUCUCUCCCUCCUGUGGCUAAGGCAGCAACUCUUCUAGGCUUGCCUACUGAGCCACCAGAGGCUAUAACAAUGGCAAACGACAAACACCAGACGAGGCUCCUUGACCAGGACCCAGUCCUUUCGGCCAUGGUUGGCAGUGUAGUGGAUCUUAAGGAGCGCAUCAAGAACAAGUCCUUUGUGCCCGAAUAUCCCCUCAUCGUCAAGCCAACCUUUGGAACAGGGUCUGCUCACGUUCAUAAAGUUGAUGACGAAGCAGCUUUGCUGGAGGCAGUGCGUCGCAUCACAGAACUCGCCAAGAGAAAGGCCCUGAUCGAGACGUACAUCGAAGGGCCAGAACUAGAUGCCAACUUUGUUCUUGUGGAUGGAGAGAUUCUCUUCUUCGAGAUGAAUGACGACUUUCCAACCGCAGGGGACCAGGGAGACAUUGAUAGCGACUUUUGGGAGACUAUCAACGCUUUCCCGACUGUUCUCCCACCUGAUGAGUUUGCGCUCUUGCGCGACGACAUGCAUCGCCUGUUGCUUGCCAUGGGCCUCAAGACUGGAGUCUUUCACCUCGAGGCCAAGGUACAGAAUUCGUCUUGGGAGUACAGUGUCAAAGACGGUGUGUACGACUUGUACCCAAAAGAAGGCCCUGUGAAGAACGCACCGAAGCGAUGCUUCACCAUUGAGGUCAACCCUCGACCACCGGGAAUGGCCAACUGCUACGGAUCAGGUGCCACCUACGGUGUCAACUUUUAUGACAUCCAUGUUUUGAGGAUGCUGGGGGAUAUUGAGCGAAUCCGGGCGCUCUCAAAGCCGUUUGAGCCACACUCGACCAUUCCAUACAAUGCGAGGAUAUGGUCCGACCUCUUCUGGCUCAGAGCCGACAAGGGCGGUAUCUGUUCCACGGACACAGUCUGUAGUGAGACGCUCGAGAAGCUAUCACCGGAAGAUCGGGCGCUUGUUACGAGAUCUUGCUGCUUCUAUCGACGAGGGGAGCUGAUACCAGAGCCGGCAGAUGGCGUGGUGAGACUUGGAGGCUUCUUUUUUCUCUCGUCUCGUAAGAGCAGAGCAGACAUUUUGCGUGCGACCGCUGGUUUGGUAAAGUACAACUCGAUUCCCGUUACCACGAGUUAG